GGGAACUCCUCUAGGAGAAGACCUAAAUGGUUUCUUGGGUGCUCUGGGAUCCUUGGGAUAGAGGCUGCGAAUGGGGACCAGAGAGUGGUCUCCCGAGGCAAGGCACCGCUGAGGGACUGGGGAGUAGCCAGGAGGAAUCCUUCAACUGGUGGGCUACCAUGGGGGAACCAAUAGACUACCCUUUCCCCAACUCCAUUCCAUUACUCUGCCCUGUCUAGGCAGCUGAGGUUUGGGGAAAGCUGAGGAAUUGGAAACACUGGAUAUCUGAACCUCUGAGAAGCGUUGCAGGGUGGGGCGGUUGGAUGGGAGAUCGCCUCUGGGUUCUUGCCUCCCUUGCCUUUUCUCUUCUCUGUGCCCAGGGGCAGUAGAGAUCAGCUGGACCUGGAGGGAGAAGGGAGACAUCCCAACCCCAGCAUAGUUGCUUCUAACUGGAACUCUUGGCUGCUUGGGAAAUAGGGGCUUGGGAAGCAGUGGAAGAGAAGAGAGGAGGUUUCUAGAGCCAUCUGGGCUUUCCAGGAACCUGGAGCAGACUCUGGCCCAGUAGGAUGUCCCCGUGUCCUCCCCAGCAGAGCAGGAACAGGGUGAUACAGCUGUCCACUUCAGAGCUAGGAGAGAUGGAACUGACUUGGCAAGAGAUCAUGUCCAUCACUGAGCUGCAGGGUCUAAAUGCUCCAAGUGAGCCAUCGUUUGAGCCCCAAGCCCCAGCCUCAUACCUUGGACCUCCACCACACACAACUUACUGCCCCUGCUCAAUCCACCCAGAUGCUGGCUUCCCACUUCCUCCACCACCUUAUGAGCUCCCAGCAUCCACAUCCCAUGUCCCAGACGCCCCAUACUCCUAUGGCAACAUGGCCAUACCAGUCUCCAAGCCACUGAGCCUCUCAGGCCUGCUCAGUGAGCCACUCCAAGACCCCUUAGCUCUCCUGGACAUUGGGCUGCCAGUGGGGCCACCUAAGCCCCAAGAAGACCCAGAAUCCGACUCAGGAUUAUCCCUCAACUAUAGUGAUGCUGAAUCUCUUGAGCUGGAGGGGACAGAGGCUGGUCGGCGGCGCAGCGAGUAUGUGGAGAUGUACCCAGUGGAGUACCCCUACUCACUCAUGCCCAACUCCUUGGCCCACUCCAACUAUACCUUGCCAGCUGCUGAGACCCCCUUGGCCUUAGAGCCCUCCUCAGGCCCUGUGCGGGCUAAGCCCACUGCACGGGGGGAGGCAGGGAGUCGGGAUGAACGUCGGGCCUUGGCCAUGAAGAUUCCUUUUCCUACGGACAAGAUCGUCAACUUGCCGGUAGAUGACUUUAAUGAGCUAUUGGCGAGGUACCCGCUGACAGAGAGCCAGCUGGCGCUAGUCCGGGACAUCCGACGACGGGGCAAAAACAAGGUGGCAGCCCAGAACUGCCGCAAGAGGAAGCUGGAAACCAUCGUGCAGCUGGAGCGGGAGCUGGAGCGGCUGAGCAGUGAACGCGAGCGGCUUCUCAGGGCCCGCGGGGAGGCAGACCGGACCCUGGAGGUCAUGCGCCAACAGCUGACAGAGCUGUAUCGUGACAUUUUCCAGCACCUUCGGGAUGAAUCAGGCAACAGCUACUCUCCUGAAGAGUACGCGCUGCAACAGGCUGCCGAUGGGACCAUCUUCCUGGUGCCCCGGGGGACCAAGAUGGAGGCCACAGACUGAGCUGGCCUAGAGGGGUGGAACUGGUGAUGGGAUUUCCUUCAUUCCCUUCUGAUAAAGGUACUCCCCAACCCUGAGACCCAGAAGGAGCUGAGUUCUCUAGACCAGAAGAGGAUGACAAUGGGAACGGGUGUUUGAAGUUCCAAAGUGUGUUCAAAGAGGCUUGCCUUGACAGAGGGCUGGAAUCUGUCUUCCCUGACUCAGCUUUUCAGGUCUUCAGCCUCCACCUCGUCUAAGCUUUGGUCUAUAAAGUGCGCUACAGAAAUAGC